CCUUGUGACUGCACUCAGUAAUAAUAAGCCAUUUUAGUAUAUUGUACAAAUGGAAUAUUGGUAGGAGGUGGGAAUAAUAAACAACUUGGACUAAUUAAAUUUGUAAGUUGUUGAAUCGUUCAACAAAAUGUCAUCAUCCGUUAUAUCGUCACCUUCUCCACCUGUCAGUGACAAGAAUGAAAGAAGAUCGCAGAGUCCACGGAUCACUUGCACUGCUCAUGGAUGUAAUCAGAGCUUUUCAAGUGCAAGUGAGCUAGCAAUUCACAAGCAGAAACAUCAAAUGACUCUAAAACUAGGGCCAUCAAGAACAGGACUCGCGGACAUGCUUCCUUUCGAUCAAACUCCCACACCUACAAAGUUCUUGCAAUAUGGAAAAGAAACUGGUCUUUUUGACGAAAUUAGUAAUCCGUUUGAUAAUGAGUUUAAAAGGAAUACGACACCUGGACACAGUCUGAAAGAGAUUGAUGGAUAUCAGAAAGCAAGAAGGUCAGCCGUACCAGGACUCAUAAUCAAUAACCAAAAAGCAAAAACACCUACGAGUUUUUCCGUAUCAAAUCAUAUUGGACUUGCUCCUGUGGCGCAACCUGUCCAUGUUAUCACAUUAACGCCAACGUUGCCUUCACCUGUCGGUGCAUUAUCCGGAGCACCUUUUUUUAUUCCACCACUGCCUUCACCACAAACCUUCUUACCAAGUCCUGCUGCAUUAAUCAGUCCGUCAAUUGUUCCAUUUUCUGCCCCUGGUCUACCCUUUCCUAACAUGCAAGCUGUAGUGGAAGCUCAGCAGGCUGCUAUAACUCAGGCAUUUAUUAACGCUGCUGUGGCCAAUUCAAAUAACAAUCAACAACAUCUUCACCAACAUCAGCAGCAUCAUCAACCUGUUUCGCAACCACACGAGGAGUCAAAUGCUCCAAAUCAAAGCCAUAUGGUAGCUUCUAGAACAUCGUCCAUGACAGAUCUCCCAGAAAAUGAUGUCAACCCGUUUCCCACCCACACGGUAUCAGUACCGGUUCAUAACAAUCCAACACCACCAUCUUGCCAUGCAUUGCAAGUUGGACAAAACAUGGCUGCUGCACCAGUGGGAUCAGCAUCCGUUAUACAACAGCACAGUCAAAUGAAUAUGGAACCUCAGAGAAGGGCAUUGACACAGUCAAAUUCUAUGGAUCAUCAGCAAAAUCACCAUAAUGUUAUGUCUGCAAAUCUAGAGAGGAAACCAAGUUUUCCUGGUGAAACAUCAGUGAUAACACAAGCACCAGCAAAUUCAUCUACUGCAUUGCAAAUGAAUCCUAACAUGAAUAUGCACAAUGCAAAUUCUGUGGGAUACCAAUACAACAUGUCUCCUUACACGCACACAGAUGUUACGAGGGUUUCGUCUCAUCCAGUUCUCACGUUAUCACGGUCUGUACCAACCCCACAUAACAACAAUCAAAACCACUCACAAUUACCCCAUCAAAACUCUUUGCCGAAUAUUGAUGCGAAACAGAAAUUAAAAGAAACAUUGACGAGUAAUAAUCCAAAUUUACAAGUCGAACAUUCGAGUAUGUCAUUUCAAAUCAAAGAAGAAGAUAGAAGCCAGCAUUUGAAAUCUACGGAAAAUGAAGAACUAUUUGGCUAUCUGUCAGACCAGAAUGAAGUAUCUUCAUCCAGUAUCAUUGAUGGUGGUGUAUCAAAAACCGGUAGGAGGAGAGGAAGGCAAACUGCUCUAGAUCCUGACCAAAAAAGAAUGCGGUUCUUGGAACGAAAUCGGGCUGCUGCUAGCAGAUGCCGUGCGAAGAAAAAACAAUGGGUGAAUGGACUGGAAAGCAAGGCAAAAGAACUAUGCUCAUCAAAUGUUAACUUACAGAACGAGGUCGCCAAUUUGCGAGAGGAGGUUGCAAAGCUGAAACAACUUCUAUUGGCACACAGAGAUUGUCCAAUCACUCGUAUUCAGCAACAGAAACUUGUAAGCGCUGGCGGAGAUCCCACAGCUGUUGUUACUAACCCAGCACAGGCUGCUGCAAGCCUUUUAGGCUUAUCUCAGGAAGAUGGAAAUUCAGAGUCAAAUGCGUCUGAAGAUGUAAAAGGCUUCAAUCUGCCUCUGUCUCACACAAAUUCAAAUGGAUCAUUGAAUGGAGAUGACUCGCAGGAAAGUAAUGGCUUGCAUCAGAUGCAACAGCAGCAAACAUCAGUUCUUGUUAAUCACAGUUUUAAGCAAGAAUUAUCUCCCGAAGGAUAUUCUGUUUUACCGCAGUCUACCAACACAUCAGCCAUCGUCAUGAACAGCAAUUAUGCGGCCAGUUCCUCUUCUUUGUCAAGCACAUCAUCGACGUGACCUAUAACCUUUUAACUUUAUGGGAUAUCAGGAAGUUCACUUGUGAAUUGCAGUAACACAUAAAUUAAGGUGAUAAAUAUGAUCAACACGAGAAAGAAUUGAGCCAAGUACGAUCAGGACUCAAAUUCGACCGAUUCUCAUUUCUCAGUAAAUUUUUUCCGUUUUGUUUUUCUGUUGACAAGGAAGUUCAAUUUUUCAACUCAAGAGCGACUCACUACCAUAGAAUAAGACAUAGCUUACAUACUCAUAAGUCUAUAUGCGACUUUCUGCAUUUGAGUGAUCUCUUCUGAUCUUACUCUGAGCAAACUCGCAUAAAAAUUAUCUAUGGCGUUUCUCAACACAAUUUUAUCCAAAAUAGGUUUAUUAGAAUUAUUAGCAUAGUUUUGCUAAAUAUUCUGCUUUUAAACUUUUAACUAGCAUAUUACACAAUGUUUCUAUAUUCUAUAUAUAUAAAUAUAUUUUUCAUUGAUAUUACAAAAAUCUAGAAGGAAAAAAUAAAUCAGAAAAAGAUUUUCUGAAUACAAAUUUUUGCCGAAUUGGAGAGGGGUGCUUUUUACUCUAUAUUAUUUUCUUGUAUGAUUUUAAUGAAAUUUACUUUUCGAAUGUUCCAUGCUUUGAGUAAAAUUGGGAUGUCACACAUCCUGUUUAUCUUUUUUUUUUUUAAUUUGUCUGCGUAAUUAUAUCCCUGACGAAUGUUGCAAAACUAAAGUUGCCUUUAUUGCCAAUUGCUCCUAUAAAGUACAAAUAUUGAUGUUUUUCAUUGUUAGAUUUGUUUGGGGAAAUAAUACGGAGGCUUUAAGUACCAUAUAAAAAUAUGCUUAUAUUGAUAUUAAAAUAUUCUAAUUGCGAUUAUUUUAUUAAAGUUGUUCUGUUGUGACAGUUGUGUAGCUAUCGGAAUGACUACAAAUUCUUCUGCACUGCGGUCUAUUCUGAUUUCAAGUAUUCUUAGUGAAUCCAGUUCCUACAAAUUCUAUAUGAACUAAAAUUGUUAUAACAUGAGAUGUAAUUAAUUUCUUUUUGCGCUCGGUCAUAACUGGUAAUGAAUAUUAUAUGGAAUUCAUGAUGGUUUGGAUUAUCCUUUAUUAUCCUCAGAGACAACCUAUCAUAAUGUUAACGAAAUUCACAGGAUAAAAUUUUUCAUUAUUGAUCUUUCCAGUUUGAAUUCUUCAGACGGACUGUGCAUUUAAUAUUCACACAUGCUUAUAUGGAUAAUUUCAAGUUUACAUUCUGAAUUCAUCAUUAAGAGUACAGUGCAGUUACUGUAUUUUUUCUAAGUUUCUAGCAUUUAAAACUUGGAUCCUAUCCUUGCUUUCCAUCUCAUUUGAAGAGGGUGGUACAAUGGACAUUUGACUACAAUGUUUCUAAAUUAGGUGAUUUUCAGCAUUAUCCUUUUUUAUUCAACUAUUUUUGAACAAUUUUGUUUCGAGAC